AUGUUGGCCGGAUCCUACAACAAGGCUCGGUUCAACGAGCUGUGCCAGCACCUAAAAAAACGCCGGACCAAAAUCAAUGGCGGAGGCGUAGCAGCGCUGCGAACCAUGUUUCUGAAGCAGGGAGUGGACAAACACGAGGUGCCCAUCGUAUCCGAUAAAGCCACGUUGAAGAAGGACGAAGUGACCGUGGACGGCGAGCCGCACGCGGACGCCAAGGCGCGCGUUGACACCAAGAUGCACACGCACACCAAGCCGCGCGCGGUCACCACCGAACGUGGCAUUGAGCAGUUCGUUCUGGGCCAGUCAAGAGUUUGCACCGUCGGGCGCAAGGCCCCUGCAGCCCCGACACACCACCACGGCACGCUCGACCGCACGCCCGGCGGCACGCACCCGACUCUUCGGCACAGCAGGCGGCCCCCGCUCACUAUUCCUACCUCCUAUACUGGGGGCAGCUCGCGUCUCCACCCGCGUUGGGCCAGCAGCUCGUUCCCGAUCACCUCGGCGAAUUAUUCGGGGGCAGCCCCAACUCGCACUCGCUCCGAAAUGGUUCAAGACGCUUUUCGUAAGCCCGAGCAAGUCGGCCCAGCUGCACUCCAAGAGCGGGCUCAGCUACCGCAGGUUGCAGCAGCAGAGACCCAAGCAGAAGAUGUGAAUGCAGGCGCGGUCAGCGAAGAAACACCGUUCGGGUCUGAUGGCGGCGAUGGGAGCGCGCCGAGCGAGUCUGAGGAGUCCUUAGAGAACGCGUUUCGUGAGCUCUCGCAAGCCGGUCCAGCUUCACGCCAAGAUUGCACCCAGUUACUACAGCAUACAACAGCAGAGACACAAGCAGAAGAUGUGAAUGCGGAGAGCGCCGGCAGAAAUGCUGUUUACACUCCGUUCUGCAGUCCUGAUUGCGGUGACGAGACUGAUGCUUUGGGUGGGGUGAUCGGGUUGAUGAAGGAAUGUUCGCGUAUGAGCGCGUGUGCUGCUGGAAAUACGGUCCGAAUGGACGGAUUCUGGCAGGCGUUCACUGGCGCCCCUCAUUUAUUGACGCGGCCUUGCUACACCCGCGGGAUCGCAAAACACUUCAAGACGAAGCGCACAACCGAAGAGCGACACAACAAGGUCAUGUGGAAAGUCCUGACCAAGCGGAUCGUGGACGAGUCGCUGCAAGGCGCGACGGUGGUGAGCCGCAGCAUAUGCAACAGGAGCGUCGCAGCGGACAACGAGAGCAAGCGCGGGCAGUUGGCCACGACCAAGCACGCGAUCCUCGUAACGAAGAAGGUCAUGUGGCAAAUGCUGAUCAAGCGCAUCGUAGUGGACUCGGUGUAA